CCAGGUCCACCAUCUGUACGAGAAUAUGACCAUGUUCACUGUUCGGUUCCAUUCGGACAGGGACUGACAUCGGUGGGAGAGUCUGACACGUUCGGAGGCGACGAGAGUGACAAGAGAUUACCGAUUCUGACAUCUGACAAGAACCCUGAUGAGGGUGUCGAGAGGAUGGCAUCACGGCAGGAUAGUAUAGCAGAUGGAAGACGGAUGGCCUGACUGUGGCCAAAGGGGGGGGUAUCGAUAGAAGAACAGGGGAUGUGCCUGUCUCCCACCCGCCGCCCGGAGACUUAUGGAAAUCAGAGAGGGAAGGGGCUUCAUGAGCGCAGGAUACAAUCGUAAGAAGAAAGGAACAACAAAAACCCAAAAGAAAAAGGUGAUCGGAUCGGGGAGCAUUCUGAUUUGGAUAAAAAUUAUUAAAAAUAAAUUGGAUUGGAUCUUGUGAAGAGGAUGAUGGCGCCCAUCGCUGGCAGGAGCAAGUGAAUUCGACGGCACGACCAGGACUGGAGGUGGGAGGCAGGAGGAGAAGAAGAAGAGGGAAGAGACAACAGCAGCAAGUGAAUUCGACGGCACGACCAGGACUGGAGGUGGGAGGCAGGAGGAGAAGAAGAAGAGGGAAGAGACAACGACGACGACGACGGUAGUAAAAGAAACAAGAGGAGGAGGAAGAGGAAGAGGAGAAGUGCAUUUGAGCUCCCAAGUUGCAGAAUUCGACCGACCCUGCUCUCUUGAGGGGCAUAUUUUGAUUCACUAGCUGUCAAUCUAGCGGAUUCCAACCUUAUCCAAACCUUAUCCAAACUUUUAUCCAAACUUUAUCCAAACCUUAUCCAAACUGUAUCCAAACCUUAUCCAAACCUUAUCCAAACUUCAUCCAAACUUCAUCCAAACUUUAUCCAAACCUUGUCCAAACUUUUUCCAAACUUUUUCCAAACCUUAUCCAUUGUGCUUGCCUCUCUGUGAUUCCACCCUGCCUGCGGUGCUGCUGAGGAGGCAGAGGCGUUUAGAUUUUGGGUCGAGGAGGGAGCUCCCUGCAGUUCAUUUUCACUUCAGACUUUUGUUUGGGGGAUAAGGUUAGGAUAAGUUUGGGAUAAGGUUGGGAUAAGGUAGGGAUAAAAGGUCGGACCACGUGACGGCCGUCUGGAUAUUAAGAUUCGAACAUCAUGGGUGUUGACCUGGAUCUUGUCGUUUAUGCGGAUCUUCUGGACCCUGAGAUGUUCUGCCCCAUCUGCACUGAUGCGCUAUCCAGCGAAGACGCGUUGGAAACGCCAUGCGGCCACGUGUUCUGCAGCGGUUGCCUGAUUCCCUUUGUACGGACGUACACUCAAUGCCCUCGUGAUCGACGGCCAACAAGAGCUGCAGAUUUGAAACGAGUGAAAGAUCACAAUCCGUUCGUCUAUCGCUUGUUGGGAUCCCUGACCGUUAGAUGCAAAAAGCACAAAGAGGGUUGCACGUGGCAAGGAGAGUUCUCUGAAGCUUCCUCCCACCUGGCUAACGGCUGUCCCGAGUCGAGGCAGCGUUCCUGCGCCGUAGGAAACGGUUCCGUCAUCAUCAACUCCACCUCCACGUCCUCCUCCUCGCUUUCUUCCUCCCCCUCUCCCUCCUCCUCCUCCUCCUCCUCCUCCUCUUCGGCCCCUUCCCCAACCUCGGUUGCCUCACCUGUAUCCCAUCUGCUCGACAAGACGGAUUCGGUGAUCUCCGCUGGUGCUGCACGCUUUAUCCCCCCCCGUUUAUCCAGUCUGGAUAAGAUUUUAUCCAGAUUGGACAAGGUUACUUCGCCCUCCUCUACUGGCGGAAGGGGGGAUCGUUCGAUUGCGGAGAACGCUGUGCCAAACUCUCCCUCUCCCUCUCCCUCUCCCUCUCCCUCGCACUCCCCCUCUCCCUCCAAUUGCAAUUCUGGAUCUUGCUUCGAGUGCUUCCGACGAGAGAUUGAGCUCCGCAAGGCCAAAGCAGAGAACAAAAAGAAGGAGCUGCAUAUCGAGGGCUUGCGAUCUGCGCUGUCCCUUCUGGUCUCGCUCGUCGAAGAUAGCUGCAACGAUACGGCCAAGGUUUCCACCAGGGAAAGAGAGAAGAUGACGUCAACGAAUAUGGAUAUUUUGAAAACGGUGCAGCAUAUCCUUCUACUGUGAUCAUAGUGUACUUGAAGAAGUGCUGAGCUGGCCGAGGAGGAGGAGGAGGAGGAGAGAUCUCAGAGAUGGCGUGAGCUGGCAGAGGAGGAGGAGGAGGAGAGAUCUCAGAGAUAGCGUGAGCUGGCAGAGGAGGAGGAGGAGGAGGAGAGAUCUCAGAGAUGGCGUGAGCUGACAGAGGAGGAGGAGGAGAGAGCCCAGAGAUGGCGUUAUUCCCCGCGAUAGGGGAGAGUUAAUUUGUUGGUGACAUCAACGACAGCAAAAACGGAGGUACGGCGCAAAUCUCCUUUUUCUCUGGCAUGACAUGUAGGGUGACGUCAAAAACAAAUGCUUGUUGACGUCAGCGAUUCCCCGUUGUUUUUUAGCACACGACGGCGCUCGCGGUCGAGCUGGAAGAUGUGCGAUGUUGACGACGUCAACAAUAUUGAGACGGUGCUGCUGCUGCUGAAAACGGACAGUGCACGACCAACAAAGCAAAAAGGCGGGUGAGAGACAUGCGAUGUCUCUGUCUUUUUUUUUUCUCUUCUUUUCUUUUCUUUUUCUUUUCAUCGGGAAUUAGGACACGUGAACCUCACGGCUGGCGCUUGUUCAAUAGGCGUGUCUAUUGUUGUUGUUGUUGUUGUUGUUGUUGUACUAUACCAUAGUGAUUGCUAUUCCAUUGCAGCCGCAUGGACUGUCUGGCUCUCACUACCUCCUUUUGGAUUGAUGAGCCAAUGCAGGUUUUCGCUCGAGUAGUGUGAAUGUAUACAAGCUAACUUUUCAGUCCGAUGCAGACAGUGCAGGUUUUCGCUCGAGUAGUGUGAAUGUAUACAAGCUAACUUUGCAGUCCGAUGCGAUGCAUGGAUGUAAACUAUCUUUCGGAUUCUUCAACAGUUCGAUACGAUGAAGUCUUCUUUUGGCUUUGAUGAUCCAUAUCUUACUCAGCACACCCGUUACCACAGAUUUCUCGCUCGAGUUUCAAUAGAAAAAAAAUAGAACUUAGAUUCAAUAGAAUAGUAUAUGAGAAAUAGGAGGGUAGACUAACUCUCGUGGAAUGUAACUAUGGCGCUCGGGGUGCUAUUCGAUUACCGUGUUCCCCCGAAUAUAGCGCACUCGCUUUAAAGUUGUAUCCGUACUAUCGGACUAUAAAGAAAGCUUGUAUAUGGGUAUUGCGGGGUGCGUUGUGUUCGGGGUAAGACGGGGAAAGACGGUAAUAGUCGUACAAGGUCGCGAUGUGACCUCGUCAGGAAAGGUAGGUCUAUGUGAACGUGCCAGUUUUUUUUUUGUUUUUUUUUGUCUGAUUUGGCCUUUUGUUUCUUAUCCUUCAGGAGGUGAGUUCUUAGAAUACAAUCGUAUCCAACCCCCCAUCUGUGAAUAAAAAAAAAUGUAGUGGCUGUGGCUCUGGUUGUGGUUGUGGCUAUGGCUAUGGCUAUUUUGUGGCUAUGGCUAUGGCUAUGGUUGUGGUUGUGGUUGUGGCUAUGGCUGCUAUGGCUAUGGCUAUGGCUGUGGAAAUUGCGAUGACUAUUGCUGUGACUCUUUGUUGAAUCAUCAGGGCAUGGAGAUGGGGCGUGUUUGCCUAUUAAUUUUGGGGCGAUCAGCACAAAAUCGUAAUAGACAUUGUUCAAGCUAAAACAUGAGUAAAUGGGCAUUUUGUCU